AUGAGAGUCGUCUUCAAUGCUUCAUCUCCCACUACAACAGGCCUGAGUUUGAAUGACAUUUUAAUGAAGGGUGAAGUAAAGGAAGAUGUGUUUGAAACAAUUUCUCGUUUUAGAAGGCACAAAUAUGCCUUUACUACGGACAUAAAAAAGAUGUACAGACAAAUCUUGAUAAAUCCAGAUCAAAGAGACCUUCAGAGAAUAGUGUGGAAACCUUUACUUGAUGCUGAAGUUACAGUUUACAGGUUGAAAACAGUAACUUUCGAAAUGUCCAAUGCCCCCUUCCUUGCAAUAAGAACUCUGCAACAACUGGCCGAAGAUGAUAAAUAUCGAUAUCCUUUGGCUUCGGAAGCUCUUCUGUAUUACGCCCAUAUGGAUGAUGUUGUAAGCGGAGCCCAGAAUCUAGAAACUGCCCGUCAAUUACAACUCCAAUUGCGAGAUUCUCUGCAGUCAUGCAGAAUGAAACUUCACAAAUGGUCUUCGAAUUCUGAUCAAUUGUGGAACAGUUCAUCUUCAUCUGAUGUCGAGCACUCAUUUUCUAUCGAUAAUGACUUGUCGGUCAAAGCUCUGGGCAACAGCUGGAAGCCAUUCGAAGAUAAGUUUGUUUACAAGGCGUCAACCGCAGUAAAAUCAUCGUACACUAAGCGUGAAGUUCUCAGCGUGAUAGCUAAAUUAUACGACCCUCUUGGUUAUUUAACACCAGUCUUGACAAGAGCUAAAAUCCUAUUACAGCGAUUGUGGCAGCAAAAACUAGAUUGGGAUGAAGUUCUGCCAGAUCCAAUCACCGAGGAUUGGAAUGAUUUUGUGACAACUUUAAAGUGCAUCGAGGAUGUGAAAAUUGAUAGAUUUAUUCUUUCGGACGAAUUUCAACGAAUUGUUCUUCAGGGAUUCGCAGAUGCGUCUGAAGCAGCCUAUGGAGCUGUAGUCUAUCUUCAAUGUUUCACUUCACAUAGUGCUAAAGUAAAUAUUCUCGCAAGCAAAUCACGUAUAUCACCAAUUCGAGUGAUUUCAAUUCCCCGCCUUGAACUGUGUGCCUGUGUUCUUUUAGCCCAGCUUGUGCAAAAAUUGCGUGCAUCUUUACGAUUAGAAAUUAGUGAAACUGUACUUCAUACCGAUUCUACGAUUGCUUUAGCGUGGUUGAAUACACCUGCGAACCACCAGAAGACAUUUAUCGCCAAUCGUGUUUCCAAGGUUCAAACCUUGACAGAAAACUGUCACUGGGCCCAAGUGCCGUAA